GGCCGAAUUUUGGAUAGACGUCAUUAAUAUUAUAUGCACCGUCAUUGGGACGGUGCUUGAGUUCCUCAAAUUCUUGAGGGACAGGAAGCCUGCCCCUCUGGCCGCCCCCACCGCCGCCCCCACCGAUCAGCUCCAUGUUGUUGCGAUUCUCACCUUAACUCCCUCCCUCCUGUGAUGGCCCGGCUCUGGAUUGAGCUCGUUGGCCUGGUCUGUGAGAUAAUUCGGACUGUCCUGGAGUACCUCACCUUCGUGAGGGAAACGGCCCCCGCCCCCGAAGAGGCCCGGCCGGACCCCGCUGCUGCCCCCGCCGCUGCCCCCGCCGCUCCCCAGACCCCCGAAAAUCCCCCCCCCAUCCAACCCGUCGCAGGCAGACUCACUCCCGCGUACCCGCAUGGGUACAAGGGAGUGAGUCCUAGGUCGUGUCGGUGGUGGUCUCUAUAUCUUAUCACAACAUUUUACACGCUCUUCCUCGAUCAGAAUUCCAGGGCCCUCGAUGCGAGCGAGGCCGGCAGCCCGCCCGCCCGCCUUACCAACUCCGCUCCCUUCCGCGUUCAUCACCCUGCCUGGGUACAUGGCGGGCGCUGCUUCGAGCCGUGCUCGUCAUCUUGCUGGCAAAGACUUCCAUUCUUAAUAUUUUCCUUUGUUCUUACUUUGUCUUCUUGCGAAUCAUGUUGUGCGCCGUUUUGUUAUGGAGUAUUUCUCCCCUCCUUUCCUUUUUCCCUUGUCCUUCUGAAAAUCAUACUGCGGGAUGUUUUGUACCUGGAAUACAAUCCAAUUCAUCCAAUAGUUAGCGCUCUUGUGCAUACUCGGAUGUGACUCCAGCGUUGUGAACGGUAAGACUAGUUACAGUUGCAACACUCAUUUGUAACUACUUGCACAUGCCAUAUAUGUUUUAUCGGUGUAGGAGAAGUAAAUAAACAAUCCGUGCGAUUUUCGGAAAACUAC